AUGCACUUAGGUGGGCUUCCCCCCACUUUGGCACUGUUUACAUCCGCUGCCUAUCUGCACCAUCUCAUGCGACCGAAAUUCGGGGAACGGCAACUUAACUGCUUAAGAAACGCGCCUCCUUCCACUCUCCUCCUAGGCAACCUACAAACUCCCAGCUGCACCUCCUCCUCCUCCUCCUCCUCGGCCUCUCCUCUCUCCAGUCCAUCGCCUCAAGGCUUAUCUAUCGCCCUAAGAUCGGUUAGGCCUCUGCCAGUCAGGCCUGCCUUGUGCGCGCACCAGAGUUGCAACACGCCCAACCACUCCAAAAAACGACCGGACCAUCUCUUGUUUCCUUCUCCCUCACGCGACAGCCAAAUACCUCCUUUCCGAAUCGCGAAUCGCCAUACUCGCUCGCUCGAGUCCCGCUCCUCCCCCCCUCUCACCUCCUUCCGUGACAACUGGACUCCCACUAGGGCAGUUAGGGAGCGACACGAUCGGAAGACGGGCACGUUCUUAUUCCUUUUGUCUGGCCAGGAGACAAGAUUGGACAACUGGACCCGUCGCGAUGGCGAUGAACAUUGACGUCAGUCGGCGCAACAAGGCGCCCCGCCCCCUUAGCGAUGAUGAGCGAGCUCGACUCGAAGAAUACAUCGACUCCAUCCACUACUCGGCUCGGUACGAACCUCAUACCCCUCCGCGGCCCCGUCGCUUGUGGCGCGUAGUGUUGCUAACGAUGCUGGCCAGCUACUCGGACAGCGAAUAUGAAUACCGCCAUGUUCAGCUCCCGAAAGCGAUGCUGAAGGUGAUUCCCAAGGACUAUCAUGAUGCCGCCAAGGGCACGCUGAAGCUGCUAUGGGAAGACGAGUGGCGUGCGAUCGGCAUCACCCAGGUAGGUCGCUCGGCGUGUCUUCGAUCAUCAUACAUUUUCCGGUUAGGAUGCUGACGGGGGGGGGGCAUAUAGAGCUUGGGUUGGGAGCACUAUGAGGUCCACGAGCCAGAACCGCACAUCCUCCUCUUCAAGUGAGUUGCCCGUCGCAAUUUGUACGCAAUCGGCUGGCACUAACCUGACGGCGUCAAGACGGCCCCUCAACUAUCAACCGC